AAUCCCAAAUAUAUAAAUGACAAAUUACAUAAAAGAUUUCUCAUUUCUCAAUUCCGUUGGGCCAUGACCUCGAGGCUCGUUCAAUAUUCCUUGGUCCAUUUCAGAGCGUCAGCCCAAACGCUCUCGUUGGUUGCCUUAUAUAAGGACGACGUGCAAGCUAGCGUUCGUUCUCCCGAGAGGCCGAUAUACUCGCCUCAGAUUGUGGAGAGAUGGCGUCGGCCCCCGGCGACGGCAAGCAGGGCGGCGGCGGCGGCGGGCCGGCGGUGGGCAUCGACCUCGGAACGACCUACUCGUGCGUGGCGGUGUGGCGGCACGACCGCGGCGAGGUCAUCGCCAACGACCAGGGCAACCGCCUCACGCCCUCCUGCGUCGCCUUCACCGCCGACGACGACGACAGCUUCGUCGGCGACGCUGCCUUCAACCAGUCCGCACUCAACCCAACCAAUACCAUCUUUGAAGUGAAGCGACUGAUUGGCCGCCGAUUCAGCGAUGAUUCUGUACAAAAAGAUAUCAAGCUUUGGCCUUUCAAAGUCGUGGCAGGUCAAGAGGACAGGCCGAUGAUCGUGGUGCGGCAUGAAGGCGAGGAAAGGCAGUUCAUGCCCGAGGAGAUCUCCUCCAUGGUGCUCGCCAAGAUGAGGGAGACGGCCGAGGUGUACCUCGGCAAGACGGUCACGAACGCCGUCAUCACUGUCCCGGUCUACUUCAACAACGCGCAGCGGCAGGCCACCAUGGACGCCGGCGCCAUCGCCGGCCUCAACGUGAUGCGCAUCAUCAACGAGCCCACCGCCGCCGCCCUCGCCUACGGUCUCGAGAAGAUGCCCGUCAGCAACAAGGGGAGGAUGGUGCUCGUGUUCGAUCUCGGUGGCGGCACAUUCGACAUCUCCCUUCUCAACAUCGAUCCCGGUGUCAACAUCGAUAUGGGCCUCUUCGAGGUGAAGGCCACCGCCGGUGACACUCACCUUGGCGGAGCGGAUUUCGACAACGAGUUGGUGAAGCACUCCUUGCGAGAGUUCAAUCGGAAACAUGGGUCGAUGGACAUUGAAAGCAAUCAGAAGGCGUUAAGGAGAUUGAGGACCGCCUGCGAGAGAGCGAAGAGGAUGCUGUCAUCCACGAUGCAGACCACCAUUGAGGUAGACUCGCUCCAUCAAGGCAUCGACUUCCGCGUCACCCUCACCCGAUCCCGAUUUGAGGAGCUGAACAAGGAUCUCUUCAGCAAGUGCAUGGAGGCUAUGGAGAAUUGCCUCCGCGACGCCAAGGUGGACAAGUGGAGUGUUGACGAUGUCGUCCUCGUGGGUGGCUCCACCCGCAUACCCAAGGUGCAGAAGAUGCUGAGUGAGUUCUUCGACGGGAAGGAGCUCUGCCGCAGCAUCAACCCCGAUGAAGCCGUCGCGUAUGGCGCCGCCAUCCAGGCCUCCAUUUUAUGUGGUGGAACCGAUGAUAAGAGGUUGGUUGAUAUGCUUCUCCGCGAAGUCACGCCGCUCUCGCUAGGUGUUGAGACUGAAGAUAAUUGUACAAUGAGCGUGGUGAUCCCAAGGAACACUGCAAUCCCGACCAAGAAGGUGAAAAACUUCACUACUCUCUACGACAACCAGAUCAACGUGAGCUUUCCGGUGUACGAGGGUGAGAGCGCAAACACCAAGGACAACAACCUGCUCGGCGAGUUCACGCUAUAUGGCAUCCCCCCGGCACCCAAGAGAGUGCCAUCUAUCGAUGUCACUUUCGACAUUGAUGCCAACGGGGUCUUGAACGUUUCUGCCGAGCACAAGGUCACCGGACAGAAGAACAGCAUCACCAUCACUAACCGCAGCGGACGGCUGAACAAGGAGGAAAUCGAUCGCAUGGCUCUGGAGGCCGAGAGGCACAAGAUGAAGGAUCAAGCAAAACGAAGUAGUCUAAAUGAACUGAACAUUGAAAGUGAUUCUGCGACCUACCAUGAUCAAAGAAGUAUCAUCGGCAUCCUAAUGCAAUGGGCUAGCUGCUACAGGGGUUUGAUUAUUGGGUGCUUAACGCUAGUAUUGUCAUGCAACUUCUGGCUUGGCACAUGUAUGGCCAAAUCCUAGCUUAAGCUUUUAUUAAUUGUUUCUGGGACAAUGUUUUAAUUGCUGAUAUUGGAGUAAUCUUCUGUAUCUGUUUAGUGUCUUGCAUUUGCUGAUCUUUGGCAGUAGUAGUUUCAGUUUUCCUUCGAUACACCCAGUUGUCUGAUGUCAAA